CCUCGCUAUCAGGACCCCAGCCAGGCAAGAUGGCGGAACCCAACCAAGUCGCCGGGGAGUUUGAAAACUGGCUGAACGAGCGGUUGGACUCCCUCGAAGUAGACAGAGAAGUUUAUGGAGCGUAUAUACUCGGAGUGCUUCAGGAAGAGGAAAGUGAUGAAGAGCAAAAGGAUGCUCUUCAGGGCAUUCUCUCAGCUUUUCUGGAAGAAGACACGCUUGAGGAGGUUUGCCAGCAGAUCUUAAAACAGUGGACUGAGUGCUGCAGCAGAUCUGUGGUCAAGGGUACUCAGGCAGAUGAUGAGGUUCAGGCGAUUGCCAGUUUGAUAGAGAAGCAGGCACAGAUUGUGGUCAAACAAAAGGAGGUGUCAGAGGAGGCCAAGAAGAGGAAAGAGGUUCUACUGGCACAGUAUGCUCAUGUCACAGAUGAGGAGGAUGAAGAUGAUGAGGAAGAACAAGCUGCAGUGGGGCUUCCCAGUGAAAAAUCCAUGUUCAAAAACACCAAUGUCGAGGAAGUUUUGAACCGCCGCAAACAACAGCGUGACCAGGCCAGAGAGGACGCGCAGAAGAAGAAAGAACAAGACAAGAUGCAACGCGAGAAAGACAAACUAGCCAAGCAGGAACGCAAGGACAAAGAAAAGAAACGCACACAGAAGGGAGAACGCAAGAGAUAGACAGAAAACACAGAGCACGAAAACUUUCGCAGACUAUACAAUACCAAGGUCAUUUACCUAGAAGAGAAAAAUGCAAUGAGACCUCAGCAAACAGUGUCCCAACUAACAAUAUAUGCAUCCAUAUCACGUUUUGGGUCCGAUAUUGCUUAUUGAAUGAUAAUGUUGGGCCUAUUUAGCUGUUUUCUUGGCUUGUACAAAACAAAUCAAAAACCAG